AGAAACUACGUGAUGCACGGAAUAACACUUAAAAGGACAAAAAACCUCAGACUUUCGACUUCAGUAUUAGAAUUGGUUGAUCGACACAGAUGCCCGUUUAAUAUGGAAAGUAUUUUAGAAGUCUUUAAAUUUUGCUUGGUUUAA